AUGCUGGCGACAUCGCAACCAAACGCCAGCUUUCCUCGUCCAUCGUCCUCAUCCACACCCGUCCCCGUUCCAUCAUCCUUCCGCCGCCCCGGCAGCAAGGAUGGCGACAACAAACAAGCGAUCUGGGUGCCCAUGCUCAACAGCGCCUCCAAGGGCAAAGACCUGUCCGAGAAGCAACUCAUCCUCCUCGGCGGCACCCCGGACCAGCAGCGCGGAUUCCUCGAGCAAUUGAACCCUCCGAACCACCAAAGAGCCCGGUACGCCAACAACGACAGACGACGGCAACCGAGAGUAGCCCCCAUAUCGAACCGCUACGCGCUGGGCUAUACCUAUCACGAUGUGCUGGACGCGGACCAGGAAGACGUGCUUGCGAGGAUGAACAUCUACAUGCUGGCGAACCCCUCUGCGAACUUUGCACCUUUACUCAGACCGCUUUUCACGCCAAAGACGGUCAAAGACACAUUGAUCACUAUUUUGUUGGAUUGGUCGGAUCCUUUGAAAUGGGCACGGCAACUACGACAAUGGAUACGCCUGCUCAGGGCUGUCAUCUUGACGUUGGACGAGCAGACAAAGAUUGAAAUGGAGGAAAUCAUGACGGCCUGGAAGGAGAAGAGAGUUGGGCCAGAUGCUCCUUCUGCUCAGCCCGGCAGCGGUGGCAGUGGCGCGACGGUGGCUGAGCAGAGAUCGAUAGUCCCACCGGGACCUGGAGAAUGGGAUGAAGGACUUGGCAUUCCGUUGUCUGUGGUCUGUAUACAGGCGGAAAAGAUCCAAGACCUGGAACGAGACCAUGGCUGGGGAGAAGAUCAGUUUGACUUUUUGAUGCAAUGGCUGCGGUGCGUUUUGCUGAAACACGGCGCCUCGCUCGUCUAUACCGCCACAUUCGACCCAAACAACGUCAGGACGCUGGUGCAUUCGAGUUUGAGUAUUCAAUCCCUGUUGAAACGCGAAGUGGCCAAACACAACAUCGUCGACAGAGACAAGAUCUUGGUGCCGCCGAACUGGGACUCUUGGGGCAAGAUCCGGAUUCUGAAAGAAGGCUUUGACCCGGAGGCCGUAGCGAACGCUUGGUCCGUGGAAAUCCAGCCACCUCCUGAAGAGAAAUUCGACCUCUCCUCGAAAGGCUACGACCAAGAGCCCGAGGGACCUCCUUCUCAGAACAACGAGGCCGACUCAGCAUCAGCUGUCCAACUAUUUGAAAGCACCCUGCGCCGUCCCGCGGACCUGCGGCCCUCGUUCCAGCCCCGUACACACGACGAAACCGUCUCUGUGCCAUCCGUACAAGAAUUCCUACAAGCACAGCACGAGACGCUCGAAAAGCUGAAAUUGGAAGACGAAAAGGCAGAGAGGAAAUCGCGAAAGGGAGCACCUGCGCCCACAGGAGCCGGUGCCGGCAGCGUCGAAGCAGGCUCUGUAGAAGAGGGACCGACAAAGGGGGUUUCCAACCCGAGAAUGGCCGAGCACAUCGGUCCGUACCAGAUCAACGUCAACGGGAUCGAUUUCGACGCCGAGGAGGCAACAAGGCGACUCAGAGAGCGGGAAAGCGAGAGGCAGCAGAAUGCGGCGGCGGCGAAGAAUAACAACGCGUCCACAUCCACAAAUGUCCCACUGCAUGCAUCAUCAGGGGGUGUCGUGACUGGAACAGGCACCAGUACGCCAAUGCGUCGUCUGGGCAGCGACCACGGUGGAGACGGGACGGGGACACAGACGCCCUCUGGCGGUGUGGGAAAGCAGAGCAACGAAGCCAUGUCCCAGUUCUUUGCAAACCUGAUCAAUAAGAAGGACAAGAGGGGCGCUGUGAGCGCAGGUGCUAGUCCAACCCGGGUCGCGACGCCUCCUCGAGGACAUGGCGCUGGAAGUACGGCGACGGGAGACGAGAGAAGACGCGAGUCUUAG